AAGGUUGAAAACAAAAGGAAAGACGAAUUCCGGUAUUCAUUGGAAUUCAUAGAUCGGAUGAUUAGUCUUCUUCUGACACCACAUGACAAGCUAACAGCUGCAACGAAACUAAAUGACUUCUUGAAAGAAUCUGAGGACUUUUUCAUAAAUCAAACCACAGAGCACACGAAAAGGCUCAAGAUUCUUGAUACUUACAGGAAGAAGAAAAGCGGAGAGUGGUGUGUUCUCCAUUGCAUCUUGAUUUUUUUACAUGGAGAGGUAACCCAAAGAGAGAUUGUUUAAAUACGUUAUAGAUGUUAUUAUCUUUAGAAUGAGACUUAGCUAGUCCACAAGUUCCAAACCUAUCAGCUCUCACAAAGCGUUCCUUUACAAUCCAAUUUUUCCAUUUUAAGCUCCUGAAUGCAGAUUUAUUUCCCCCCGUUGAAUAGCUUUUAGUACAGCAAACCCUAUUUAAGAUAUUACUGCGUACUGCAUAGUUUCAGGAAACACUAAAAAAGUUAAAGCAAUCGUAAUUUACGUCGAGUAACUCCUGACAGUAAUUGAAGUGAUAAACGUGAGGUCGACAGUACGCUGAUUUUCCUCCCUGACUCCAUCAUUGCUCUGUUUGAAGGGUAUUUAAAACUAGUUAAAGCUACACAGAAAGGAGAGAAGUCAAAGCAAGGAUGUGAUGACUCGGGACCUUGCACACCGAAGACCGCGCACUGGCCAAGUUUGUCAUCUUUCUUGCCCCUUAAGAAUUAAUGAUGUAUGGUCAGGAUAGUCAAACCGACUAUAGGGAACAUACGCUGAAUAGCGACUUCAGGUCCAAAGGUUCAAAGUAUUACUCGAUUUUAAACUGGUUUCGGCAAUAUGCCCAUGUUACCUUUAAUUAAGGCUACUUGGUUCCGUUUUCCUGUAUGCAGGUACAGAGCGAGCGGUCUGUUCGACAAAAAGAGACCGGAAGGCGGGCCAUGAUUCUUCUUAGGCUGAUCAUUGAAACCUUCUUGAAAGAAGGAGAUGGUGCAGGGGAUUGGAGGUUUUGCUUAUUAGCAUCAUCAAUACUUGCUCAUAUCGCAAUGAACAACGAGACAAUAGGUGAGUGCUUUUAAAAAUCUGCUAUUUAGUUAUUGUUUUAAAUAGUUAUUAUAAAUAGUUUUUAAAAAGGUGAAUAGUAUUUAAAAUAAGACUCUAUAGAUUGUUUUUAAAUUAAAUUUUUCUUGUUUUUAAUUGUGAUUAUUACAGCUUUUAUAUAUGUAAAUUUUUGUCUUAUUAUUCUAUUGAUUUUAUGUUAAAUUGUAAAUAAUAUUUUCUUUUCUUUUCUUUGAUGUGCUUAUUAUUAUUAAUAUUAUAUAUUAUAUUAUUAUUAUUACUUAUAAUGCAUUUAAUGUAUAUAUAUAUUUCUAUAUUAUAUUCAUGUAGUGUCAGCUCGAAGAUAUUAGCUUGUUAGAUAUACUCUAUAAUUCGAGUAUAAAUAAAGUUUAUGUCAUGUUAUGUUAGUAGGCCACAAGUACAUCAGCUUUUUUAUAACUAUAUAGUGUUACCCUCUUUAAACAAGUCUUCACUACUCUUCACUUCACUUGACAUUUAGCCAGCAUUAGCUUGUCCCUCUGAAGGACACCAAUACGGCGUCUCAAUACAGAGCUCUACAAACUACAAAUUUGGUCCAAAAACUCAUUAAAAAUUUCAUAAUGAAAAAAUAAAACAAAACAAAAUGUAAUGAGUGUCUUUAUAUCUGAUGAAGACAUGGCUAAACUUAACGUCCAAUUCUUUAGACCAAAAUAGCCCAAAAUCUAAUGUGCAAGAAUGAGGUGAUUUUGAAGCCGUUCAAAAAACCCCCAGUCGUGUAUUUUCAGGUUUAAAACUCUCGGCAACAAAUACACCAGCUUGUGCUCGUUUUUUAAACACUACGAAAACCAUUUCUCCGAAUUAUCAUUUGAAAAAAUUGCACUAACCAGAAUCUCGGUAAGGGUCUGCACAUAUUUACCUCCGAUCAUUGGAAAUAAAGAAGUUGCGAGUUACAUUGGCGUCGUGAUCACGUUAUCACGAUCAUUAUUGUAUUCUUCGUCUAAAAUCCAUCUUAUAUUGCACAUUAGUAAAAUUCAACUAGUGGUCUAUUAUCAAUGCUACGUUCUGAUUGGUUGCGCUACUACUAGGCUAUAUGUUAUAGCCCACUAGUGGCGAAAAGCGCGGGCUUUUUGGCGGCAAAAAAGGAUUAAAGUCCAGCUUUAACUAGCUAAAAUUCUUUUAUUCUCGAUAUUUUUGACUAACUAGUUGGAUUUUACUAAAACAAUUAUUCCUCUCGCCCUCAUGUCCUCUGAGUCAAUAGCGCAUUCGGCCUGCGGCCUCAUGGGCUAUUGCUGGAGUCAGAGCCCAUUCGAGCUCGAGGAAUAAUUGUUAAAUAUUUCAUGUAUAAGAGCACCCCAUGAACAUCGAGUAAACAUGCGACAGACGCAAUUUUACUUUUUAUCUCCUUUUUCAUUUGCAUCAGAGAUCAUGAAAGAGGCCGGAAGCUGUUUAGUAAACCUCCUUAAAGACCUUGUGAAAAUGGACAAAGGACGGACAAGGUUGGAAUGCAGAACAAUAGUGGAGCAAAGAGCCUUACAACUAUUUUUUUGCCCUCACAGUAAGACUAGAACUUUGCUGGUUAACUUUCUCCUCAAUACCCUGGAUGUACAAGACGUUGUCUCAGCCGACCUCCACAUUAAUCACUUAAUGUCGUGCUCGGAAUACAGAGCCCAGUCACUUGAAAUCAGUAACGAUAAAAUUCACACGGGCCAGAACUGUUUUAUUCACAAAGGAAUGUUUCAAAGGAGGAAGGUAAUGCUCUCGAUCAAUGUUUCUGGAAAUACAUUUUUACAAAAAGAAUGAGUAAAUUCUGGUAGCUUUCUUUGAAAUGAUUUGCGAUGGCUGUGAAUUGAGGCCAUUUUACAUCAAGGUGGACCCCAAAGUAGGUGAGGUAACCCGCUUAGUUCGGGUAACCCGACUGUUCAUAUAAUCUACAUUUAUAUAUGAUAGAUGGGGUGUCUCGCCGGGGAGGGUUGGCCGGUCUGCCAGACCGGGUAAUCCUCUCAACCGGGGACAAAUUUUGCCACGUAAACGUUUCAAGGUGGAGAAACCAACGUGGCCUAGGGGCAGGGAUUCAUUUUACAUAAAAAAAAUAAAAAAUUCUUUGACUGAACAAUCAACUGCCUUUGGCAAGCCGGAGACUUUGCUUCUUUAAAAGUGACAACAGAAAGCUAAGCCACAGCACUGAAAGGUUCCAGAAAAAGCGGUUAGUGAGAGUAGAAGAGUAUUAACCCCCAAAACAAAAGAAAGAAAAAAGACAAAGAAAGUACACCCCGGGAUGGUGGGUUGAAAGAUUGCAUUUUAACGCGGGUUGUUUUUUUACUCAACCUGAGCGGGUUACCUCACCUACCUUGGGUUCCCACCUCCAUCUAAACAGGCCCUAAGAGUCGGCAACAUUUGCUAUGAAAAAAGGCGAGGCUGUACACAGCUGAAACAGCACCAUACGUCAUUCUGCUUAGAGUUUUAGCGAGAAUGUCGUGUUAGCGGAACAAGUUAUAAAGUGUUAUAGGUUCUAUUAUUUUGCGGCUGGGAGAUAGCUUAACCUCCCUCAAUCAGGAUAAUAGUGCUAUUUUUUUUGGUGGAAAAGAUGUACAAAGAAGCUGUCUGGGUGUCUAUUAUAUGAGAAAUACGCAAAAAAUGUCGUACGCGAAGACGUUCUCGUCCUAGAAUCUAAAGGUCUCUAAUAUGACUGCCUCUGAGCGAGAUCCGAAUCAGAGAUGAAAAAAGUGCGAAAAGGUCAGCACGGUUUUUCCUUUUGGGUCGUUUUCGAUAGGUCACAACCCAAAACUGCACAAUGCAUUUGAAGACUGAAUUACAGUUCAGGAAGUGAUUGUAAAACAAGCCACCGUCGCCAGCCGGCUAGAUUCCUAAAGACCGCCAGCAGAAACUUAUUUGACCUAUUUUCUGUUUCCUUUGAUCGCACUUCUCUUUCAACUUGGCCGGCGAUUUCUCUUUCUGCAGGGUGGCUCAUGUGCACAGUACGAGCCUACUGAACAAGAGAAUUGUCACAAAGUGUACGUCUCCUUUUUAUACUAAGCUCUUUUUCUUAGUUACAGUUUUUGCUUCAUUUAGGUGGCCAUCAAAAUGUUAUGGGUUACAAAGCAACAUCUCAAAGAGGAAGAUCCCAAAUCCCGGUCAAGAGCGCGUCUUAUUCAAGAGGCCUACAAUCUGACACGAUUAAAUAACAGUCAGCACUUUCCCAAUCUGCUCGGCUACAAUACUAAAGACCUCCCAUACCAUCUUGUUACUGAUCAUGAAACGUCAGGUGACCUGCUACACUUUCUCCGGGAGUCUCGAAAGAGCAUCAUGCAUUUGCCAUCGGUCAGGCUUCUUAAGAUGAUCAUAGAUGUCAUCAACGGCCUUUUGUACUUACAAGAGAAGUGUUUAGUACACCGUGCUGUCAUGGCGGAAAACGUUCUCGUAGGAGAAAGCUAUGUUUGUAAACUAAGCGGCUUGUAUGCCUUGAAAAAGCUUUCAUAUGGAACAUCUGAAAAGGGUAAUGAUCUUGAAUUAUAAAACAGAUUCAGAAAUCAAACUUCCUUAUAUAGGAGGAUAUAGUUUGCUGGCUAACGUUUCAUUGGGCAGCCGAAACAAUAGCUGGCUAAAAGUAGUGGCCUGUUUUCAAGGGUAUAAGGUUUCUUAGAGAUUGUACAUGGCACAGAUGAUUCAGUACACUUAGAUUACAAUUAGUUUGCGUUGAGGCACCAUAUCUGCUCAGCUUUUGUCCGCGUUAUGGCUUUUAUUAGUUCUCAACUGGUAGGGCAAAAACAAGGGUCAUAAUAUUACAUUUAUAAGAGCCAGAUACAAACGGAUAGGACUAACGGUAAAAUUGAAAAAAGGCGCAAAAUUUUCUUAAAGGGCGAGAAUUUUUUCUCUAUUAUUAUGUAAAAUAAUCUUAUCUAACGUGUAAUUAAAAAUGUUUCGUCAUCCAUUUAAAUACAAGCCAGCCCUAACAAGAAACUGCCAAAUAUUGGCAUUAUCUACAGGUGCUACUUCAGCCGCAGCAUAUGACUAUUGCUCUGCUGAUGAUGGUGUCCCAGAUUAUAUAAGCGCAGACGACGAGGACAAGGAGCUUCCCGUGCGAUGGAAAGCUCCCGAGUGUAUUACCAAGCAUCGAUAUUCCUCUGCAUCCGAUACCUGGGCGUUUGGAAUUCUUAUGUACGAAGUUUUCACCUAUGGGUGCAUUCCAUACAAGCACAUCUCAGACGACAAGGAAGUGGCCUCUCAUGUAGGUCAAUGUUUUAGCUAUUAUACGUAGCAGUUAUCGAUUUGUGAUGCUAAUAAUCUAUCGAAAUUCUCACACCUAGUUAUGAGUGUAAUGCCUGAAAUACUUUUGGUAGAAGCCGGGUAAUCGAGUGGAGGGGAAUGACAAGUGGGUCAUAGAGGACCUCCCGGUACCGAAGGCUAACCCCAUUUCUGUUCCUUAUUGAAGUACCCUUUGUUUGCCCUUUUUUCCUUAGCGACAUCCUCGGUGUCUGGUAUGAGCUGUCUGGUAUACCUCUUUUUUGAGAUGCACAUCCUUUGAUAGAGAGGUGAUGGUGAAGUUUGAGCCUGGUGAAUACAUGAGAACAGUUAGAGGAUGUGGACUAGUAAGCCUGCAAGGUCAUAGGUUCGACAGUCAUGCACAUUCUUUAUUUUGUUUUUCUAUAUCUCAAGGUUGUGAAGGAUGGAGGAAUUGUGCCUCAUGAAACAUGCAUCGAAGAAGAGAAGUUUGAGUUGAUCAAGAAGUCUUGUGAGCGCGAGUUUCACAAAAGAAAGAGUCUGAAUGAACUGAAAGAAAGCCUUCAAAAUAUGCUCACUGAUGCAGGUAUUUCCAACUAUUCCUUAAUAAUUCGCUUUCUGUCCCUCGUGUAUUUUUGAUAUAUGAUGUUUUUUUAACUUUGAUUUGUUAGUAGAAACCAACAUUCUGUUAUCUGACUGGCAAACUCGUUAUCUAUAGAUAACAAGUGGCAACCUCUUUAACAUAAUUUUUUUUUCCCAGAAAAUAUAUAACGGUCACAAAAUAGACAAAGUAAGGAAUGGACAUUUUAAAUGGUGGGAAGUCCAAACUUUGUUGCCGUUAUUCGCAACAAGCGAACGACUCAUUCGUAAAUUAAGGUUGUAUAAAAAAAAACUCCUAAUAAAAUUGAAUUGAAGAUGGUACGCAAUUUGCUUCUAGUAGCUAAUAAGUUACUCUAUUCAUUCUUAUUUUCCACGAGUCAAAAUAAAUCAACGAUGCUCGUGGCGCCGAGUAGACUCUUGACCCAUAGAAAACUAGAACACUAUAUAUAACCUUCUACAUAUCCAGUUAUCUUAUUAGUGUUGCGUAUUUUUACAGAUGAAAAAGAACCAGGGCCUGAGCCACCGAGUUGGGUAAGUCUGUUUUCAGUCUUGUUUAUUUGUUACCAAUUCAACAUACUUAUCAACCUGGAGUUUACUUUUCCUGGUCACUUUAUGGGAAAUCACCCACUAUAUAUCCCAUGGAAAACAAAAAUUUUCUCAACCCUUCAUCCAGCGAUUUCUAAGAAGUUUAAUUUUCUCCCGUCCUUAGGGUUCCCUACACAUUAAUUGUUUCUGAGUCCUUACACUUAAUAAUGAGAGAGGUUAUUUCAAAGCAAAAGUACAAUGACGCUAGCAUACUAUUCGCGACAGUCCCUUUCACGCUCGCUGAAUAAGAGACGGAGAAAUGGAACCGCGCCAAGACGUUGAACGUUAGAUACGUCCUAAAGAACCCAGACACUGCCAAAACUCAAAACCGGGUCCCAAAACUCAAAGAAGAGAAAAACCCAGUUCUCCAACACUGAAGGUAAAGGGGUGGAACAAAAGUACUCAUAAACUCAGAGUAUGGUGAAACAACUAGACUACUGAUACUUGCUGAGAGCUGGGCAAGGAGGUCUUUCAGGGCAUACCAAAAGGACUGCGUGGUAAAACACGAAUAGGCUGCCAACCCUUGAGUGGCAACAAGCAAAUAAACUGGAGAUAAAAGUCCAAGGUAAAAAGGAAACCUAAGGCGCAGAGACCACGCGAGAAAAAGCGUCAGUAAUCCGACUAGGGCAUUAGACACCCUUUCAGGCUACCAUGGAAGCGCAGGAAGAAAACCAUAUGACAUGACGGCAGAAAAGGCGAGGAACGAAUAGCACACAUAAACUACAAGAACAGAAAAACAACUAGGAACAUAAGGGAGUAAAUACACUGGGACAAGGGAGUAAACCCGCAGAACUACCGGACUGUAUAUUUUAGGAUCAGCUUCGGAGCCCUUUUUAAAGAUGGCAUAAUUAUUGGCAGGCCUCCAGGAAUGUGACAGAGUUCCCGAAUCGUAAAAUUGUUGGAAAAGGGAAGAGAGUAAAACUGCGAGUUCUGAGGCGACGUCACGGAGAAUUUUGUAGCUGGAACCAAAUAUGGUCCACUAGCUUUAGCUAUAUUAAUUUUCAGGAAUUGCCUCUUAACGACCCCUGCCGAGAGUAUCAUAUCAGGCAUACACUCAUAAGGCGAGGGGGGCAUUUAGCUAAAUUCCCGACGUCUUCUUCCAUGAACACACUGUCAUACUGCUCGCGUAAGGCCUCAGCUUUGGAGCUUUCAGAAGAGGAUACGCGGUUGUUAGAUACUAAGGCUGGGGUUCAAGCCGCCAACAACUCAGAAUCAGAAUAGUAAAAGCUUUGAUGAAAAUAAAACAAAUUUCAAAGUAUUACAAUGAAAAAAUUGAAAGUUUUGUUAGGUGCUUUUCUGUGAGUCUCCAGCAUUUUGUCCAGAAAAAUUAAGGCCUUGUCAACACGAAUCCGGGAAUGCUGAAACUGAAACGAAUUCGGUGUGGUUUUUCUGAUUUUAUUUAUUCCCCUACAUAGGGCUUUGAAAACCAACAGGAUGAAGAGACGUACAGCGUUAUUCCAGGUACGUUUUCCUUGGCAGCCAAAUUCAAGACCAGCCUAUUUAAACCAGAUGACGCAUCUUUUUCAUUUAGUAUGACUUACCUGAUGAGAACAACUUUACAUUUUUAAGAAGCCUUGUUCUUAAAGCCUUGGUGACAAUACGAUGGAAUUCCAAUUUUUGGAACCUCUUGCAUUAGGGAGAUAGAAAAUGUUUGGAAUUUCUCACUGAUAAUAUGAAAAAUCAGGGGUAAAAUCUCUCCAUAUUUUUGACACGGAAAACAGUCUGAGUUUAGGUUUGAAUUGUUUGAAACUAAGGGAAACUGAGGUUUCACUUUGUUGUUGAUUCUCUUCGCCAUCCUUUCUCCGAUAGUUUUUUUCUACCCGGUAUAGUGUGUACUUCUCCUUUCCCGUCCGCUUAAAAACCAUUAUACACCUGUUUUAUGAGUGGCAAAUUAUCCUUUUUUCCUUUUAUUAUAGUGUAUUAGUUUUUUAUUCCACAUAGAUUCUUUUUCAUUUCUUAGGAAAAGAAGAAUAUCUCUUGCAGAAGGGCGAUUGUCCACUUAUUAAAGGAGAUAAGGUAAGUCGGUUAACUUUCGUGAUAACAAACAAAAUAACGAUUUCGAUAUACGAUUGAAAGGACUGAACGUGGGUAACUGAGAACUACGCCAGUGUAAAACAGUUUUAGCGCAUCCUAAUUGUUUUGUGGAGAAUUUCCGUAAACAAAACAAACGAGUCACAAACUAGAAAAUCUCCCAGCCUUUUGUCCAGAUCUCUCUCCAGCCUUUUGUCCAGAAAAUUAAGGCCUUGUCAACACGAAUCCGGGAAUGCUGAAACUGAAACGAAUUCGGUGUGGUUGUUCUGAUUUUAUUUUUUCCCCUACAUAGGGCUUUGAAACCAACAGUAUGAAGCGAUUUACAGCGUUAUUCCAGGUACGUUUUCGUGGGCAGCCAAAUUCAAGACCAGCCUAUUUAAACCAGAUGACGCAUCUUUUUCAUUUAGUAUGACUUACCUGAUGAGAACAACUUUACAUUUUUAAGAAGCCUUGUUCUUAAAGCCUUGGUGACAAUACGAUGGAAUUCCAAUUUUUGGAACCUCUUGCAUUGGGGAGAUAGAAAAUGUUUGGAAUUUCUCACUGAUAAUUUGAAAAAUCAGGGGUAAAAUAUCUCUAUAUUUUUUGACAUGGGAAACAGUACUGAGUUUUGGUUUGAAUUGUUUGAAACUAAGGGAAACUGAGGUUUCACUUUGUUGUUGAUUCUCUUCGCCAUCCUUUCUCCGAUAGUUUUUUCUACCCGGUAUGUGUGUACUUCUGCUUUCCCGUCCGCUUAAAAACCAAUACACUUGUUUUAUGGGUGGCAAAUUAUCCUUUUUUCGCUUUAAUAGUUUAUUAGUUUUUUAUUCCACAUAGAUUCUUUUUCAUUUCUUAGGAAAAGAAGAAGAUCUCUUGCAGAAGGGCGAUUGUCCAUUUUUUAAAGAAGAUAAGGUAAGUCGGUUAACUUUCGUGAUAGCAAACAAAAUAACGAUUUCGAUAUACGAUUGAAAGGACUGAACGUGGGUAACUGAGAACUACGCCAGCGUAAAACAGUUUUAGCGCAUCCUAAUUGUUUUGUGGAGAAUUUCCAUAAACAAAACAAACGAGUUACAAAUUAGAAAAUCUCCCUUGUUGGAGCAGAGUAUCCGUCAAGAUUGAAUUUUUUCGUUCUGAACAGAUUUGUUUAGGUCUGUGAUCGAAACUUUGCCGUUUUUGUAAAUUCACAGAGGUAUGAGUUAAGGCACUAACUAAAGGGUAAAGUUAAGCAGAGAAAUCUACCUAGAAAGGACCAAAAGCGCGUGAUUUUACCCUUUUAUUUGUAUAGGUAAUAGCAUGGUUUGUAUUGAUAUUUGGCAUAAAUACCACGAGUGAUGUUUCGAAAUUGUUAUACGUAAUUUCACAAGUGAAAUUUGAGACAAUGAGUGGUACUUAUGCCAAAUAUCACGAACAAAGCAUGCUAUUAUUUGUUUAUACUACUACCAGCAAACGGUUUGAAAUUUUCACAUGUAGGUAUUUCAAAUUAAGCUGAAAUACCACUGCUUUCUCAUGUAGUAGUUAGUGUAAUACUAGACCAUGCACAGUAACAUGCGGGCUUGUAGGAGUAUUUCCAGCCUCCGCACUUUUGAAAACAAAAGAAUCCUUAAAGGAAAAAGGAUGCAUGCUUUCAAACAACUAUAGAAUCCACCCUAACCACAGACUAUCCCUUGCCCUCUGUAUAGUACUAUUUACUUGAAUCAACAUCCAUUUUCCAGGGUUCGAUUUGGAUAUGCGAGAGAAUUACAAAGUUGGAUAUAAAGCAUCUCAAAUCACUGAAAAAACUGAACAACCCUAAUCUUGCGAACAUCUUAAUAAAGCAUUGGGACUCUCACUCUCCCGUGGUGGAAAUAGUAAGUAACCUGUCCCUCUUCUAUAACUUCAGCAGAAGUAUUGUACUGACCUUAACAUACAACGCGUACCUAAGUAAUUAUAAAUAAUAAUAAGCAUGCAGUUGGAUUUGUUUACAUCACAUAGAGAAUCUAAAAACCGGCAAAAACAAUAUAGUGCUGGAGUUCACAUAACCACAGUGAGAUUUUUGCUUUUGUGUAGAAGCAGCUUUUUGAAUAAAAAUCUUUCCGUAUGCCAAGUAGCGGACAAAUAACGGUAGUUUAGGGUAGUGAAAAGAAAAAUUUAAGGUAAGGUAAAUGUUAUCUUCUUUCGUUCUCAUUUUCAUUGUUCAAUUCUCGUGAAACUUAAACACUCUUAAUCUGGGAAAUAGCCUUCGAAUAGAACUGCCUCUUCACUCCCCGUCGCUGAGACGUUAGUGAGCUUUAGCAACGACGACGACGAUCUUCAUGAGAACGUCAAAAAAACAAUAGCAGCGCGUGAAGUUUCCGUAUACGCCAUUUAUGGACGAAGUAAACGAUCGUACAAAUACGACAACCAAUUUUUUUUUCUCUUUUCCUCUGAACGUCGAUGCAGUCCUCAAAAUUUCAACUCAAGAGAAAACACUAAGUACAUUUGACAGUUUAAGCGUGUUGGAAUAAGCGCAACAAAAUUUGAAAACCUUAAAGUUUGUGUUAAGAUUCAUCCGUUUCAAGUCGAAAAACGCGAUUACAUUUCAAUAGUGACGUUUUCGCCGAUUACAUUUCAAUGGUGACGUUUUCGCCUUCGUGGUUUCUAACACUUAGAAACAUCUCCGGCGGUGGGCUGGGGAAGGGGGGAGUGAGAGAUGCGGCUUUAUUCGCUGGAUGCCUGUUAAGUGAUUUUUAUUUUUUCUCACAGACUUCGUUGGCGAGCACCUUAGGCAGUUUAAAGGAUUACGUUGUUAAAAGGCGUUGUCGACAAGAAAGCAUUGUGACGUUUCUGUCCCAGGUGGCUUCCGCGCUACAUUACCUCCAUACUAAGCACAUUGUACAUGGGGAUCUCAGAGCUAUGUAUGUCAUGGUGGACUCUCCAGACAAGGUAAUUAAACCUACUUACCCUUAACAGUGAUUUCAAAUACUACCUGAGUUUAGGACCAGGGAACAUUCAAUCAACUUUUCCACGGCUUUAUGUCGCAUGACGGACAAACCAGUGGCCUUCAAAAUACUAUUCCGUUUAAGGACCUAGUAAAAAUAUGAAAACAAGAAAUAGGAAGAUACUGUGUUAUAAAAUUUCAGCGGUCGGUUUUCAUUUUUUCUAGCUGCUAUGUGCAUUUUUAAAAAGACGACCGCAGCAUUCAAAGCAAAUACUGAAUACGAACUUACGUAAGUUCUUUAAAUUUUCGAACCUACUACAUUUUAUUUUCUCUCUUGGCAGGUACAAGUUGGCCGUCUAGGUCGCUCAAAAUCCCUUUCCCCGAGCUCUUAUGAAGUUACCAGUAAGUCCUGUGGUGUAAAAGCUGAAAUGCCAUCUGACGCUUCUCGCUGGUGAGCAACAUGAACCCAACUAGUAGCAUGCAGGACCGGGACCCUUUCCCUUCUUGUGUGAAACACAUUUCCCCUUAUUACCCAAGGUUUACUUCCCACCCUAGACACCCUUACCCCUUGUCACUCCAGGUACACGUUCUCUUUACUAUCCCAGAGACACUUCCCCGUGAACACAUAUACACGUACUCUUUGGCAACCUUAAUAAACCCAACUACACCCUGCUUACCCCAAAUAUACUUUGCCUUCUUACACUAGGUAACAGCCUUCGAUUUUCCUGUGAAUCAGUUUAUCUGGUUGAUACCCUUAGAGACAGCUGAUUUUAUCCUGUCUGUUGUAGUAUAAUGAAUUUAGCCAUAAUUCGCCAUAAUCAUUGUGUCAAAUUGCGUGAAUCAUAGGCCUUGCAAUUGCUGAAUGAAUUUCAACGGAAACUGAUCCCAAAGACGAGCAUUAAACAUUUUAGUUUAAGUGAAUGCUGGCUAUCUUUCAUCUAGCGGCUUUUUCCCUAAAAUGCCAGAUGUUUUAAGCGCACACACUGUUCCAGAACUUGACUGAAGACAUUUAGUUUCGUCAAGCUUAUCAAUUCACAAAAGAACAAAAGAGUCGUUCAUCAGAAAAUGUCCCACAAAAAUCCGGUCGCCCAUUGUUUCAUGAAAUUCCACCUGAAGUCGGAGAUGAUGAUGGAGAUCAAGUUUAAAUAAAUCAUAUUUUGAAGCUGACGAUUUACUUGGUACCAAGACAGUUCAGUAUACUUAUAAAUUAAAAUAUAAAUAAGAAAAUAUUUUGUAUGCCCCUCACCUUUUCUGAUCUGUCCUACUAAGAUGGUUACUGUUCGGAAAUAAGUCCCUUCUGAAUAGAAUAGUUAAGCCUUAAAUUAGCCCGCGUAAUAGGGGCAUUUGGUUUUGAUCACGCAGCUAACCACACAAUAGCUUUGAUGCAUGCAAAAUCUAUGUCAUUUCACGGGCAAUAGUUUUACACACGCGAAAAACUGUCAUAAGUUUUAUUCUAAGCUUUAAAACAUAUAUUUUAGAGUUAAUCUUUGUAAAUUAUUUCUGGGAAAGUUUGUACUCGUGCCCUGCAUCUUUAGGGUAGCAAGCAAGGUUAAGCUUACAAAUAUAUAAAGUUCUUCCAAAUUGAUUUAGCAUUCGAUAGCAUGAUUUAGCGCGCUAUUGUUUUUGCAAACGCUCAAGUGCAUGCAUUAUAAAACAAUUACUAAAUUCGGUUUUCCCACGAUAGCAAGAAUUAUCAAGGCCGCAAUUUGGAGGUAUCCGACCCUGCCUUCGGCUUUGGCAGACAAUUCAAGUUAAAGUGCUUAACUUUGUUUAAUAAUUGAAUGAAGGUGUUAUCCGUCUAAAAGUUAAAACUACAGGACGUUAAAACUGUGUAAUUUGAUACUCUAGCAAUAACAGCGCGAAUACUUUCGAUCUUAAUCAGGAGUGCUCCAGAAGUGAACUUGGAUGGAUACUACACGCAUGCAAGCGAUGUAUGGGCAUUUGGCAUUAUGGCCUGGGAGCUCUACGUGUCAUUCAUAUCUGGUGAAGACCUGCAACCGUAUUAUCACCUUCAAGAAGAUCAGGUGAAAAUGAUAUCAUCUACAACUGUUACCUUUCUUACAAAGUAUAAAUAAAGGUUUUAUUUUAAGAGGUUGCACUAAAAAGACAUUCGCUAAAAGACUUGUGCCCUGAAAAACCUUAAAAAGAAAAAAGAUUUACAUAUAAGAUUAAGAUUUAAUUUAAGAAUGAAAUGUAUAGGAUAUUCGUCGCCACACUCAGUCACAUAGCUUCAGGCGGUUUCAGGUGCUCCAUUCUACUUCAUUAACACCAUGAAGUGUUCUCCGAGACCACUCCAUUCAAAUAUAAUCCUGCAUACUGGCACUAACUACUGAGCUCGUUGCACAUCUUGCACCAGUCAACUUCAAGUUUGAUGGAGGAGCUAGUGGGACUAUAGCCCUACCUAAACCAUGCACACUAUAAUAAUAAUAUUCAUUAUUGUGCUGGCUGUUCAGUAAACUAAGACACCAGCACUAACACCAUGUCACUCAUCUCCAAAUAUCUUGUGGGCAUAGAGAAACGGCAACGGGGACAGGUAGAGGAUGCAACUGAAGACUUCAGCCUCAACUCUGCACGCAGGCGGCCAUGGGGUGUCAUGGUCAGUUCCCACAAGGCAAAUGUGGAAUUUGUCACAACAGACAUAGGUGCAGCAAUGCUCUCUCCAAUCCCUUUUUUUUAGGCUUUUCAAUAGCUAAUACUCGACAGGGGGCGCAUACUCCACCUGGAGGGAUUUUCACUGAGAUCCUUUACUGACAGAUGUUUGCCUUUUUUCCGGAGCACCCGAACAGAACCCUAAUCCAUUGUCUUUAGGCACAGCCCAGGGAAUAUACCGCGAGAAGAUAGUUAUUCAUGAGUUUAUAGGUGGCCAGAGCAUUAAGAACAGUGACCCUUUGCACCCAAUCCGGGGACAGAUAUUUGAAAAGGAACCUUAAACAAAGCUUGCUCCAUUUGUACUUGCCAGUUCACACGGCAACAAGCAUGUCAACAACAAGAAAUGAAAACAUGUCAACCUUGACACAAGCUGCCGGGACAGGAAAACUGAUCCUCGGCUUGUGGAAUGUCAGGACCGGCACUGUUAGAGAGUGACAGCAGACCAGAGCGCGAAACCAAAACCAAAACUCUGAGCAGGUACAACAUUGACAUACUGAAUAAGAGAACACUUGCAGAGGAGUCUCACAGGAUUCGAAAGUCCAAAGAGGAGACUGAGUGUGUAUGCUUUGCCCUAUGAUCUCAGCUGGCUUACAAGCUCGACUAAUAACCGUGAGGGAUCAAUGACCGACUCAUGUCACUAUGCCUAUGGUCCAAUGACUAAUACUCAAAAAUCCUGAAAGACGCCUUUUAUGAUGGCCUCAGUAGAACAAUCAGAUGAAUGCCACACGAAGACAACCUUCUCCUUCUGGGGCAUUUCAAUGCCUGAGUUGGCAAAGAGAGCUAGCUAUUCAUAGAAAAGCGUUGUAGGGAAGCAUGGUAUCUGGAAGGAGAAUUCUAAUGGCCACCUCCUCUUCCUACUGACAAAAAGCAGAGAAUUAAAACUCGAAAACACCAAUACAGUCUUCUAACAAGCCAAUAACCAGAAAACCACCUGGGUGCGUGCACCCGAAAUCCAAACAUUGUCACCUGAUAGGCUACAUGUUUGUACGACAGAGAGACUAAAUACUUUAUACGACAGGGUAUUACCUAAGAAACAAACGUUUGGCGCGUCAUUUAAAGGGGUAUUGUCUAUUAUGACAGCGGGGUCCUCUUUUCGGGUGUAUAGGAAAUGUAUGAUGGGUGCAUGACCUCUGCCUUCUUUAAGCUGACUGUUAGCCCGAAUAAUUUGGCAGCGUAGGCAAAGCGGUCAACUAGUACUUGGAUGCCUAAGCCCAGCACAAAGCCAGGUCCAACCUAUCUCCAACUGAUCAUGAUGGAAACAACAUCUGUGCAUGUGUGCCUCCAGAUCUGCAAAUACCGGUUAGGUCUGCAUUUCCACAUGAGAUGUCACAUCAAACACUGAUCUGAGGUUAUUGUGCCGUACUCUCUUGCUGGACACUCACCCAUCGUCGAAGCGACGGGAGAAACCAUAGUAGUUUAUGCCUUAUACCUAACAUCUCAGUUCAGAUGAUCGCAUCAUUGGGCGGUGACGUUAAGCCGUUGGCCUUGUCUCCUUUAUUCUAGUACUUCAGUUGGAAGGGGACGUAAAAAAAACCGUGACAUUGUUCGAAAAGAGUAGGUGACGUAGGCCCCGAUGUCAUGGUCUAUCUGACUUGUGCCGUCAUCGGUCUGGGUGGGCGAGGUGUGAUCAAAAACACUGACUGAUCAUGAAGUGGGUGCAAGAGUGCGCCUUUACAUGCUGACGUCCGAUCUCAGCUCUCUGGUUCCUCCGCUAUUCAUCCAUUGGCUUCAAGUGAGGAAAGUUGGCACCGCAUAUAUUUUCUUUAACUUUGAGAACCAAAGCGAAUGUUCACAUACAAUCUUUGAUCUAGAAAUGUUACGUUAGGUACCAUUUAAAAUAAUGCAAUUUUGUAUUACUUAGCACUCAAACAGAUAUCUAGUUUGCGAUGCCUAUGUUGGUAGUUUCAUUCAUGUCCUCGUAUGCGUACUUGGCGUCAUUAUCAUCAUACCAUCGUCAUCAUGAUCAUUGUUAAUCAUUUUUAUUGUCAAUCUCAUGGCUGAUGGAGGUUUUAAUUGCCGUGGGUUUUCAAAGGCGCGACAGCAAGUUGUCCGAAGCUUUAAUUUUGAAGUAAUUGUCAGUCGAGUGCACGUGCCUGCUUUGCUAUUUCAUAUUUCUAACACUUUCCUUAGAAUCCUGGUAGUCCCGAGGAGUGGAUUAUCUUGGAUAAGGUCUACCCUUCAUCAUUGAAUAACAUAGAUCCUUUCAGGGACAGUUCCAGUGGCUCUUAUUGCAAUUGUAGUGAUGGUUAUUGAGAUAAUUUUUUCCUGAUGUCGUUAAUCGAGUUGUCUUUUGGUUUGCCAACACUUAAUUAAAAUAUUGUGUUGAUCCUCACUGCAGAUUCUGAUGCAUAUGAGACAUAAGGGACCCGAUGGACAGUUAGAGCGACCGGAAGGAUGUCCUGACUGGGUGUACAUUUUGAUGCACCAAUGCUGGGCGUACGACUUUGCACAAAGACCACCGUUCCUGGCCAUCUUUGAUUGCCUUACAAGCAGGUAA